AACUAUUGCUCUAAAAGUCUGUCUUGUUAUAACAGGUGUGGUGGUGAGCCAGACUACGGCUCCGAAGCUCGCUCCUACUGUGAUGAACACCACAUUCAUUGAGAAUGUGACGGAAACAACCACAUUCAGUGAGACCCCUACAUUCAGUGAGACCCCUACAUUCAGUGAGACCCCUACAUUCAGUGAGACCCCUACAUUCAGUGAGACCCUUACAUUCAGUGAGACCCCUACAUUCAGUGAGACCCUUACAUUCAGUGAGACCCCUACAUUCAGUGAGACCCCUACAUUCAGUGAGAAAGUGACAGCGACCACCCAUAUGAUCCUCAGCACCACAUCCCCAGGCUGCUCUGCCCUCUGUGAGGCCUGUGUCCCAGGGUCCUACUCCGACAACGGUGAGUCUGAACUACGGGCCUGCGAGACUUGGCCUGGCCUGGCCUGGCAGAGAGAGGGAGUCUGAGAAUGAAAUAAACCUCCUCAAAAGCUUUUUAUUGUCACUCUGUGUUUUGCUGUAGUAGAGAACAUAAUGUCAGCUCACAGCUUCGAAAAGUGCUCUUUUUGUUAGGAAAAUAAUUGAGAUGUUGUAGCUGACUAGACUCAGAUCUAUUUAUCAGCACAACUUAUAAAUUAGGUAGAAACACACCACAGCCAAUUGAUGCAGCACUGUAAUGUAGUUUUUACCCAUGUGACAUCUAUUUUUAACACCAAGGAUGUUUGAUCUUAUGGUAUGUUAAGUGGACAGUGGACACAGGAGUUGCAUUGUUGGUGUAGCUUUGCCGUAUUAUUUGACUACUGACAUUUGCCGGAGUAAGUGAAAGAUAAUUUGGCUAAACGGUAAAAUGAAGAUGGUAAAUGUUGUAAACAGCACAGCCUGUUCAAUAAUAGACUUCUGAUCCCUACCCCAGACUCCAUGCUGUGUUCCUGCUGCCAUGAGCCAGGGUUGUGUCUGUUCACUGGGGCUUGCCUCCCAUGUUCCAGAGGGUUCUUUCAGCGUCUGGCUGGACAACAGCGAUGUCUGCCCUGCAGCCAGGGUUUUUACACCAAGUAAGUCUGUCAACUGAGGGCAUAGCCCUGAGUCUCUGUCAACUGAGGGUAGCAGCUUACCGAUCACUGCACCUGUACACAGCCCAUCUGUAAUUAGCCCACCCAACUACCUCAUCCCCAUAUUGUUAUUUAUAUUGUUAUUUAUUUUGCUAAUUUGCACCCCCAGUAUCUCUAUUUGCACAUCAUCUUCUGCACAUCUAUCACUCCAGUGUUAAUACUAAAUUGUCAUUAUUUUGCACUAUGGCCUAUUUAUUGCCUUACCUCCAUAACUUACUACAUUUGCACACACUGUAUAUAGAUUUUCUAUUGUGUUAUUGACUGUAUGUUUUGUUUUAUCCCAUGUGUAACUCUGUGUUGUUGUUGUUUUUAUCGCACUGUUUUGCUUUAUCUUGGCCAGGUCGCAGUUGUAAAUGAGAACUUGUUCUCAACUGGCUUACCUGGUUAAAUAAAUGUGAAAUAAAAAGAAAUACAAUUCACAAACAUUCUGUAGACCACUGUUGCAUUUAUGCUCUUCCUCUUCUCUUGUAGUUUCACCGGUAGCCCUGUGUGUCAGUCCUGCCCCCCAGGCUCCUACAGCAACAACACAGGCUCCGACUCCUGCCGAAGCUGUUCUCCCGGUAUAAGUGCUGGGCUUCAGUCAUUUGUUGCACAUUCAAGCAAUCCAAGGCUUCAGAAAUAUUAAAUUGCAUGUGUCUGUUUUUAAAUGGAAUGUGUUAUUUUCAGGUUUCUAUACGUCACAACAAAAUGCCACAUCGUGCAGUCCAUGUCAACGGGGAACAUUCUGCAGGUAAGUUGCCCUUCAUGGUCACCUUAGAUCUGUGGUUGCUAAACUAAUGUGGUAUGCACUGCAGCGGGAUCUGCAUGAACUCUUGAUAAUCCACACAACCUGUUGCUUGUCUGCAGAUCUAACAUCACAUGCUCCCAUCUCAUGCUACUAAUCUUACUCCCCAAAACAACACACAAACACCUACACACACACACACACGUACACACGCACAUACACUUACACACAUAGACAGACAGACACACACACACAGACUGAAAGACUCAUAGGGUUAGUAGUGGGCAUUGAAGAGAUAAUUAUUGUAAUAGUUAAGUGAUCAGACACGGGGUGGUGAUAGCUAGCAGUAUAAAACUGUAUUUAUAAAUAAGUUAUUCCCUAUUCAUUGCACCCUUGUGGCCGUCCCUCCCACAGCUCCUCCAGUUGUGCUCUGUGUCAGAUCUGUCCUGCUGGUACAGAGUCCCUGCAGGCUGCUGCCAAGGAGUGCACACCUUGUCGUCCCGGUAACUGCCAGUGCCAGCCAACAAUAUCAACUGUGCUAUUUCUAAUGCGUUCAGGGUGUUGAAAUAGUACAGAUAAAGAGAAUGUUUUAAAAUUGUGGCUGAGAAUGUUCCAUUCAAUCUAAUAUAAAGUAAAUAAUUCAACUAUGACUGUAUAUGAAGUAGCUCUAUUCACAGAAGGGUUAUCUGGCACUGCAUUGAUUACAUCUAUAAACACAUUAAAUGAAGGCAUGCAUGAUCUAAUUGGUUAAGGUAGUACACCGUAAUAGCAGAGACUCAGACAGUUUUAAAUGGAUGACAUCUGAUUAGGAUGAGAUGAUGUUUGGUUUUGGACAGGCCUGCACAAGGCUCCCCGUCAGAGUAUGUGUCAAAUCUGCAGCAGCGGCUUCUUCCAGAUCCACUGGGGCCAGGAGACCUGUAACCUCUGCCCCGAAAACCACUACUGCCCAGUCAGUACCACAGCUCUUAUUUCCUGUAAACACCUCCAAUACUGAAAGUAUCCCCAAGGGAUUUCCUGACCAACGUUAAUGACCAGGGCUCACUUCAUCUGUCCCACAGAGUCCAGACGUGAAUCCCAUCCUGUGCCCUGGCGUUGCCUUCUGUCCUGAGGGCAGCACUGCUCCAGGUUACUGCAUGGAGACCUUCUUCCGCAAGGCAGGGGAGGACUGCGAGCUGGCCCCCAUCACCAUUGCUCUACUUGUCAUUGGAGGAGGGGGUAUGUCUGAAGACACGUGUUAACAUUUUGGUGUAGUGGGAGGAAAGUGGUUUGAACUUUAGGCUACCAGUUAGAUGUUGAAAACCCUUGUCAAGCUGUCAUAAUGAAGUUCCCAUAUUUACUUGGUUUUAGUGACCCUUUAAUCAAGAAAAGUUGUUCACUGACAUGAACCUUGUUUAUUUCUUCAAUUACACUACUUUUAUGCACUUUCUCUGCACUACAAAUAUCAAAAUAUAUUAUUUAAAUAUGCUUAUAGGUCAUUUGAUCUCGAGGCCACAUCCUGUAGAAAAAACAAAGUGAAAUAUAAAACAUUCUGAAGUAAUGGAGUAGUAGUAAGUGAACUUGAUGAUGUUUUCUCCCUUUUCUCUGGUCCAGUGGCCCUACUCUUUGUCAUCCUGCUGGUGUUGCGUCGAAUGCGAGACACAGAUGGAGAGCUUUCCCUCGCACGACAAUUUCUGUUAACCAAAGAGAGGCCGCAAGGUCAAUACUACGGGAUCCCAUGUGAUGCCGAGCCAGUAUAUGCUGGUUGG